AUGCCACGUCAGACGCAGCACCGUCAAACCUCCUCCCUCGAUAUCCCUCCCACCAGAAACUCCUUAACUCCGCCGCUCCCCGCUUCCACCCCGCCCCCCCUUUCCCGUCCCCCGGCGACGCGCUCCCCCGCCCCGUUCUCGCCGGGAGCGGGAUUUCCACACUCCCCCGGCGCGCAGUCUCCGCCUCCCCUAGCAAUAGCAGUAGUUCCCGCGCACCCGUUCAAGCGCCGCGCGGUGGAGGGGCCUUCGCCGCCCCCUUCCCCGCUCCUGCGGCUCAACGAGAGCCAUCACUCUCCGCUUUCUUCGCCGUCUUCCGCGGUCUUUGGCAUCCGCGCUGCGCCUCUUAGCCCUUGCGCAUGGAAAGCGGGGGAAGGGGGAGGAGAGAGUGGGAGGGGUGGGGGAAGUCGGGGGAGCGGGGGAGGUGCGGGAGCGCAAUCCAGAGCGCACGAUGGUUCCGCGAGCGUAAUCGCAGGGUCUCCCGCAUCUCCCGCACCGGACUCCAGUGUAGUUUGGCCGGCGAAUGCGCCACGUGGCGGCCAGAUCCGCGGACCUCCUGCGCCGUCAGGCGCAAGAAAGGCAGAACCUUUGAGUCCUUAUCCAGACGCGCGGGAGCAGGGGGUGCCGCUUCCGCGCGCGCAAGAGCAAGAACGGCGGGUGGGCGGAAAGGCCUUAGCUUCCCCGCAACCCCGCGAUUGCCCCGUCAGCACAGUGACGCUUGAGUGGACUCAGAAGCCGCCUUCCCCGCGAUCCCGCGAUGUUCCCCCCCGCGCCGCGACUCUCUCCAGCGCGCUUCUCGCGCGCAUCGACGCGAUAUUCCUGAGCAAACGGAGCAAGGAGCGCGCGGAAGCCAAGGCGCAGGCGCAGGCGCAGGCGCGGCUGCGAGCAGCGGCGGGCGGCGGGUCGAAGCGGCGCGGGCAGGCUGACUCCGCCGCCGCCGCCGCAGCUGCAGCAGCAGCAGCAGCAGCGGGGAAACAGGAAGCUCCCGUCACAGCGGAAACGGGAGUGGGAAAAAGCGCGGGUGUGUGGGGGAAGGUGGGUACAAAGGCGCGGCGGUCACUGUCUCUGGAUGGCACAGGGGCAAGCCGCGGGGAAAGGGUAUUUGCGGCGCUGGGGGAAGGAGGAAACGUGAAGGCGGAACCUGAGGUCUGGGAGGUUGGUGGGGGAGGCUCGAUUGGCGGGAGUGGGGGAAGCGGAGUAAGUGCGGGAAGUGGGGGAAGCAGGGGGAGCGGGGGAAGCGGGGGGAUGAGUGGUACCAUUUCUGGUGGUAGCAGCGGUCUUGAUGGUGAGCUGAGAACGUGCACAGCUCUGCACUCUCCUGCUACCACAGCUAACGCCUUUGCUGCUGCCUCACCAGCUGCUACCCCAACAGCAACAACAACAGCAGCGGCAGCAGCAACAGCAGCGACAGCAGUGAGAGAAGCACAAGAAACGGCGGACGCACAGCCGAUAAGGCAGGCAGCGGGCAACAGAGGAAUUGAGAGUGGUUUUAGAACCGUGGCUAGCUUUGCCCCUGCGACCGACAACAGCCAUAUCAGCGGCAGCAGCAGCAGUGCAACAGUCCCGGCCGCACUGCAGCAGCAGCAGCAGCAACCCGCGUGGAUGAUGGUAGCAGGUACGCUUACUCGCGCUGUUGUUGUUGUCCCCAUGCCCGCCACCGCUGCCAUGCCUGCUCCCAUGGCUGCUCCCACGCCUCUUCCCACGGCUCCUCCUUCGCUCACUCUCACGCACACCCCUACUGUACUCACAUCGCCGCUUGCACUGCCACCAGCAGCCACCACAGGCACAGCCGGUGCAGCAGGGCCAGCAGCAUCGUUCUCACCCUUCAAACAACCCGUGCAGCAGCAGCAGCAGCCCGGCCUUGAGCCCUCUUCAAGAACCCAUCCACCGGAACCCUCUUCUCCUCUGCCUCCUCCUCCUCCUCCUCCUACUGCUACUGCUCCUCCUACUGCUCUCGCCACCCCUCCCCCUUCUGCCCCCCCUGCCACUCCCCCUUACGUUCCCCUUCCCUCUCCCCUUUCUCUUACCCCAGCUGCUUCCCCUGCUGCCCCGCCCGCUACCCCCCCUGCUCCAUCCACGCGCCAUCCACCCCCUCACCGCUCCGUUCCCGCCCACCACCCUCAUCCCCCGCACCAUCCCCACCACCAUAACCACCCCCGCGUGCGGUACCGGGGGGUGCGGCAGCGGCGGUGGGGGCGGUGGGUGACAGAAAUCCGUGAGCCCACCACGCGUACGCGCAUCUGGCUCGGCUCCUAUGAUAACGCCGAGGAAGCCGCCCGUGUGUACGACAUGGCCGCCCGGCUGCUCAAGGGCCGGGCGGCACGGCUUAACUUUCCCCACAGCGUGCAGCCAGUGGCGGUCCCCCGGGGGAUUGCGGAUGCUCUCAUGAGGGCUAGCCGGGCGGCAGCGGAGGCUGGCGGGGGGGAGGGUGGUGCGGGUGGCAGUAUGGAUGAUUUGCAGGGUGGUCGGGAUAGUGUGGACGAUGGGCAUGGUAGGGAUGGGGAUGGGGAUGGUGGUGGUGAUGGGGAUGGUGAUGGGGAUUGGGGCAUCAGUGGUGGGUGCGGUGGUGGUGUGAUGGGGAUGGUGAUGGGGAUGGACGUGGUUGGUGCAGAGGCAGUGGGGGAGGGUGAGGCGGGCGCAGAGGCACUGGAGGUGAAGGCGUGGAGUGGUGAGCAGAUGGAGUGUGGUUCAGAGCAGGUGCAGCAGCAGCAGAGCAUGGUGCUUCAGCAUGCCGGGCAACCACCAGCCGGGCUACAGGAGCAUCACUAUUAUCAUCAACAGCAGCAACAGCAGCAGGAGCAGCAGCAGCAGCAGCAGCAGCAGGCGAGCAGUUUGGCACCUGAGAAUCCACCUGGCAGCCAGGCGCCAUCAUGGGAGGAGACCCUGAGAGACCUGGGCCUGGACGCACCCCUUCCCCCUGUCGCCCCUCCCCCUCCCCUUUGCCCCGCUCCCACUCCAAUUGCCCAGCCUCUCUCUGCUGCUCCCACCGCUCUCCACCGCUCUUCACCACCAGCAGCAACACCACCACCAUGUGUAACCCCAUCUCGCCCCUCCAGUACGCCUCCUCUUCCUCUCCUGCGCAUGCCCCUGUCGCUGCUCGCCUCCCCACGUGCGUGCACCCAUGUCCCUCCAUAUCGAUCAGCAGGCAGCCCCCUGCUCCACCUCCCGCCCUCGUUCCCUGCUGCUGCCUCCACCUCCGUGCCUGCUGCAACUACUGUAGCUGGUGCCACAUCUGCUACAACAUCCGCACCUGCCACUACAGAACCCCCACCUGCUACAGCACCCUUACCAGAUACUACACCCAUCUCUCAAUCCUCCUCCCUGCUUCCUUGCUCCAGCCCCAACGAACGGACGGAUCAAAUUGACCAGAACAGCCAGAUGGAGCGGACGGACCAGAUCGAGCGAGCGGGCCAGAUGGGGCAGACAGACCAGAUUGAACGGACGGACCAGAUGGAGCGGAUGGGGGCCCCCUUAGAGCCUUAUACAUUGGAGCUUCCCCAGGCAGUCGAGGCGGGGAAGGAGCUGCGCACGCGCGUGAGGAUCCACAACGAUUACUCCAAGGACGUCGUUAUCACGAUAAAGCCGGGCACGGUGCGCAAGUACGAGGUGAAGGACGGCACCAAGAUCGUCGUGCCUGAAGGCUCCUCCUUCCUCCUCACUGUGUCGUGCCUGCCGCUGUCGUCCAUGCCCUUCUGGCCCGACGCCUUCGUGCUGGCAUGCCACAUGCCCGCUGACAAGUUCACCCGCCGCCUCACGCUGCACACGCCCAUGUCGCAACUGCGCGCUGUGUGCCAGAUGAAGCUGCCAGUGCUCUUCACAGAUGAAGUCACCAAGGGGGUGGCAGAGGAGCAACAUGCGCAGGCGCUGGCACAGGCCCAGAAGCACAAGGAGAAGGGGAAGGCGAAGGAAAAGCAGGCGCAAGCGCUGAAAACCGUGAAGGAAGGGGAGGAGGGCGGGCAGGGAGGAGCGGAAGGGACAAGAUCGCAGGGGGGGAAAGGCGGGAAGGGAGGGAAGGUGAAAUUUGCAGGAGAGGCAACUGUGAAAGAUGGGCUUUCACGUGUGUGGAAAGGCGGCAAGACAAAGAAGGAUUUGGAAGAAGAGCAGGAGGAGGCGAGGAGGAAGGAGGAGGAGAGGAGGAGGGAGGAGGAGAGGAGGAGGCGGGAGGAGGAGGAGAGGCGGCUGAUGGAGAGGGCGGAGAGGAGGGAGGAGAUGAGUGGGCAGUCAAUGGACCGGCUUCUCACCUCCAUUGCUGCCAAGGACAAGAGCCACGUCUAUCUGUGGGAGCUGUUUCUCAAGACGUCCCGCGCGGAUUUCAAGCUGCUGCAGCACCGCCUGGAGGCAGCACUGCUGGAGGUGCAGGCCGUCAAGUCGCAACUGGUCAUGGAUCUGCCAGCUCUCACCGUCUCCUUCUCAAGCCUCUCCGACUCCUCGCUCCCCUCGCCCACCAAAGCCUCCUCCGCACCCUCCCGAGACACCAGCUUCGCACCACCGCACUCCACCGCUCCCUACUCCCGCUCCUUUUCCAACAACCAGCUGAACCCCUCCGGCAGCAGCAGCAGCUCAGAACACGCCAACAUGCGCCCGCCCUUCACCCCGAAACCCACCACGUCCGAAUCCGCACUGCUCCCAGUGUCCAUCUCCUCGCUCUCCUCCGCCCAGCUGUCCUCUCUGACCUCUCUGGCGUCCUCCUCCAGCAGUCUGCAGCUGGGCGGGUCAGGGGGGUCGCGGACCCUGAGCAAGUGGGGCGCGGGGGGGGAGAGUGCGGUUGAGAAGGAGCUGCAGCGCAAGGAGAUGAUGCGGAGGGCGUUGAUAGAGGAGAACAACGAGCUCAAGGAUAGGCUGGAGGAGAAGGAGAAGCGGGAGAGGCAGGCGCUGCGCAAGGCGGAUGUCAUGAAACAGGAUGCGGACAUGACGAGGAGCCAGCUGCAGGCGAUGCAGCAGCGGCUGGAGGAGGAGGAGGUGCAGCGGCAGACGCUGCUGAGGGAGCUGCAGGCGCUCAGAGCCCAGGUGGUGAGCGGAGGACAGCAGCUGCAGCAGGCGCAGGCACAGCAGCCGCAGCAGGUGCAGCAGCCACAACAGGGGGUUGCGGAGGAGGAAAAGGAGGAGAAGCAGCAGCAGCAGCAGCAGCAAUGGGAGACUGAGGAGCAAGCAGGGGAGUCGCAGGAGGAGACAGACCAUGAGCAUGCGCAUGCGCAUGCAGACAAGCAAGGCGAGGAGGGGUUGCAGACUAGUGAUCAGUGUACCAGCAGGGGGCGUGGGAAGCUGGUCAUUCCCUUUGACGACGAUGACGAUGACGAUGCCUAA